AUGCUGACGUUAUCAGAAAAAGGUCGAAUUGUUCUACGCCUUCAACUUUACGCUAUUUACCUCGUAUUACAGACAAUGUAUCAAGCAUUAAUGAAGAUUGUUUACAUAUGUACUGGCAUCGGAGAAAUCCCUAGUGGUAAGGUACGAGUCAGUGCAAUUGUAUGGCGCUAUAAGGUGGAUCCGGAGGAAAUCGCUAAGAGGAAGGACUUUAUUCUUGGGCCAGGAUAUUUGGAAAAUAUCGAGCUGCUUAAUAAUUCUCACUGGACCAUCUACACGAUAGAGAAGGAUCUCGUAGUCUUUGUGCUGUUACCAGAGCCAGUUACCACCUACACUAUCGAAAAUAAUCCGUUUCUCUUCGUGCCAUUGUUCGAGAAGGUUAGUUCGUCUCUUAUAGAAAACGAUGGAGAACUUGUAAGGAGCCUCGCUAAAGGC